CAAAAUGCGUUGGCCCAUUGGGCUGAUGGGCUUGGCCGCAAUGUAGCCCAAUUUCUCUGAACCACGUUUAACACUCAAAAGCCACGCUCAAAAUAGAUAUCGUAUUCCUUGCAAUCCAAGGAAAGACUUGCCCGCCGCGCUCAACGAGAAACAUUGACGCAGUCCACUAUUGAGUAGCUUAGUCAGCAUGGCUGACGAAGAGCUUUAUGGAGAGGAGGUUGGCGAGGGCGAAGAGAUGGGCGACGUCGGCGAGGGCGAGGAGAUGGGCGAGGAUCUCGAGCAGGGCGUUGAGGAGCUGGAUGCGCUCAAGCGCAAGUUGAAAGAAAUGGAGGAGGAGGCCGCUCGCGUCAAGGCGUUAUCAGGCGGGGCUCCGGACGCUGCGGCGGCGGGGACAUCCGGGGCAGCCGGGGGCGCAGCCGGGGCCGCCGCGGCCGCAGCACAGGCGCAGACAGAGGCGGAGAAGGCGGAGGUGGACUCCCGGUCCAUCUUUGUCGGCAACGUCGACUACGGGUGCACUCCAGAGGAGCUGCAGCAGCACUUCGCGUCAUGCGGGACCGUGAACCGGGUGACCAUCUUGACGGACAAGUUCGGGAACCCCAAGGCGUUUGCGUAUGUUGAGUUCCUGGAGGUUGACGCCGUCAACAACGCGGUGCUGCUGGACAACUCGGAACUGCGCGGCCGCCAGAUCAAGGUGUCACACAAGCGGACCAACGUGCCCGGUCUGAAGGCAGGACGCGGCCGUGGCCGCGGGCGGGGUCCCCCCGGCGGCGGCUUUUACGGCGCACCUGCUCCGUUCUACGGCGGGCGCGGCGGCGGCGGCUACGGAUACGGCGCGCCACCGGCGUACCGUGGCGGACGCGGCGGCGGCUACCACGGCGGGGCACCCGGCGGGUUCGCGCCUCGUGGCCGCGGGCGGGGCCGCUUCUACGCGCCUUACUGAGCACGCACUGGGACAGGACACGUUAGACGACAGACGAAUCAGAAUGUGAAUAGAAAGUUGAGAUGCGGCUGGUGAAAGGGCGGAGCUGUGAGUUGUGUCGAGGUAUAGAAGGAGCUGCAGGAUCAAGGUGUGCUUGGAGCGGCGAUCGAGCUGUCAUCGCGUGUACGGGCGAAGGCGUCAAGGGACCGCAGCGGAGCAUAAUGCGGCAGCUUGUGUGCGGGUGCCUGUGUUACAUGUGCCUGAGGACGUCAUGAAAGCUAACGUUACUAUUGCUGUGAGUGUCACGGAAAGUUGUGAGGGUGGGCGGGAAGCGGCUGUUUGCAGUGCCUGGAUUUCGGGUCCGUUGUCGCGGAGCGUGCCUGGCGCGUAAACGGCGCCUGAAAGUCAUUCCAACUUUAAUGUAUAGAAAUGUU